AUUUACAAACAUUUCUCUGUAUUUGAUAAAUGACAAUAUAAUUGUUCGAAAACUGCCCAAAUUUUUGUUAGUAAUAUUUGAUAUUUUCGAGGGGGCAAAUACGACCUAGUUUUGAAAAUGUUAUGAGAAGAUUUUUUUCCCUAUUUCGAUUUUCUAUAUGUUUACAAAAAUUAAUAACUCUUCUGGUGUUUCAACAUUACUUAAGUCUUUCGUAUCGUAUAGGUAAGAAUUCCACUGAUAACAAUGAAAAAAAUGUUUCCAUAAAUUCAGUCAGAAAAAAAAUCUGUAUAACUUUAUCUCCCAGCCCCGAAUCCGUUCCCAUCCGUUGCGACUUGUAUCUGUUUAUUUUUCCAGUCGGGCGGCUAAUGCGACCCGAAAUCCGGAUUUCGGCCGCCCCCAUAAAAACCCACACGUUCCGCCGGCAACGCCGCCAACAACCGAAAACAACGACCGGCUGCGAGAGAAAAAAAAAAGACGGAGCCACCGCCCGAGCAAACUGAACGAAACACCAGAAAAAAAAAAAACAGGCACCGACCCACAUAACGAGCCGCCGCCACCCCGUCGCGCGUCGUCAAGCCGCCCCCGCGCUGCCUAGGCAACCCGUUGGCUCCACCCCCAGCGCCGGCCCACGCGUCGUGACGUAGCGGGCGGCGCACGCCAACCCCGAACUGGGUCACCUAGAGUGACCUUUGGAGCGGGUUUGGAACGUCGAAGCUCACAGACUCUGCACCACAUCAGCUCCAGCAGCCGAGGUUCGGUCCACGUCGACACCAUGGCCAACACGUCCAACUAUAAGCUCCACGCCGCCACCGGCAAACUCCACUACAAUGACAUACUGCCGUACAAAACGGACAGCGGCCCGGCGACACGCGAGUUCCUCCAGCGGGUCAUCGACGUGCUGCUGGACUUCGUCAACCAGACCAACGACAGGAACGAGAAGGUCCUCGACUUCCACCAUCCCGAGGACAUGCAGAAGCUGCUGGACCUCCACGUGCCCCAGGAGGGCGUCAACCUGCAACAGCUAGUCCACGACUGCGCCACCACCCUCAAGUACCAAGUCAAGACCGGACACCCGAGAUUUUUCAACCAGCUCUCCUGCGGUUUGGAUCUGAUAUCGAUGGCCGGUGAAUGGUUGACCGCCACCGCCAACACUAACAUGUUUACGUACGAAAUUGCACCUGUUUUCAUCUUGAUGGAGAACGUCGUCAUGACUCACAUGAGGGAAAUCAUCGGAAGCAACUGGGUCAAUGGUGAUUCCAUUCUAGCUCCAGGCGGCUCAAUAUCCAACUUGUACGCGUUCUUGGCAGCCAGACACAAAAUGUUCCCCAACUACAAAGAGAAAGGAAUUGCGACGAUACAAGGGCAACUGGUGAUGUUCACGUCCGAUCAGAGUCACUAUUCGGUUAAAUCUUGCGCAUCGGUCUGCGGUCUCGGCACCGACAACUGCUUGAUGGUCCCGUCCGACGAACACGGCAGAAUGAUUCCUUCGGAACUCGAGCGUUUGGUGAUUGAAAGGAAAAACAAGGGACACAUCCCGUUCUUCGUGUGCGUAACCGCUGGAACAACGGUCUUGGGCGCUUUCGACCCCAUCAACGACAUCGCCGACAUUUGUCAGAAGUACGGCAUGUGGCUCCACGUCGACGCCGCCUGGGGUGGUGGACUGUUGCUGUCCAAGAAGUACAGACAUCCCCGAUUGUCCGGCGUGGAAAGAGCUGAUUCAGUGACCUGGAAUCCCCAUAAACUGAUGGGGGCUUUGUUGCAAUGCUCAACAAUUCACUUCAAAGAAGACGGUCUUUUGAUGAGCUGUAAUCAAAUGUCUGCUGAUUACUUGUUCAUGCAAGAUAAACUGUACGAUAUUAAAUUCGAUACUGGCGAUAAGGUGAUUCAAUGCGGCCGUCACAACGAUAUCUUCAAAUUGUGGCUUCAAUGGAGAGCUAAAGGCGAUCACGGCUUCGAGCAGCACAUGGACAGACUGAUGGAACUAUCCGAGUACAUGGUGAAAAGGAUCAAGGACCAACCCGACAAAUUUUACCUCAUCUUAGAACCCGAAAUGGUGAACGUCAGCUUCUGGUACAUCCCGUCUAGGCUCAGGAAGGUGCCGCACUCUCCCAGCAGAGAACAGGAAUUGGGCAAGAUGUGCCCGAUUCUUAAGGCAAGAAUGAUGCAGAGUGGCACGUUGAUGGUCGGCUAUCAGCCGGACGACAGAAGACCAAACUUCUUCAGAAGCAUCAUUUCCUCGGCGGCCGUCACAGAAAAAGAUGUCGACUUCAUGUUGAGUGAAAUGGACCGUUUAGGCCAUGAUCUCUAAAUCAGUUAAAUGUUUUACUAUAACAUGUCUAUGUUUCUCCGAAAAAUUUUCUCUCAAAAUCAACGACAAGUAGGUAUAGCAAAAAACGUGUUAUGUUUGUUAAAUGAUUAUUUAAAUGUGUUAGAUAAUAUAUAUUGUUAUAUUUAGACUCGUUUAAUUACUUUAAAAAAGUCAAUUGGAUUAAAAGGAUAUGGUCAAUUUCAAACAGUUUUAGUCAAUUUCUAAAGGUCAAUGUCGAGUGUUAAGGGUUAGAAUACGCGGUAUACGGAUGGCAGUAUAGCAAAAGUAGCCCUUGAGGCUUAUAUUUAGAACACAACCAAAAAGAUCAUACAAAAACAUAUCAACUUAGAUUGUAGGUAACAUGUUUUGGGAGAAAAUUUUCUGUUCCUAUCUGUGUGUUGAAUUCCUAGAUGUUAUAAUAAUGUGUUAUAAACCUGUUUCAGAAAUGGUACGAAUAUUAUGUUUAUGACUAUAUACCACUACAUAUAACUGUUAAAUAUGUCUUUAAGUGUAAAAUAAAAUAUUGAAAAUAUCAAAAACACUCAGUGUGCGUAGCGUAAAUUUCUAAUAUGGUAAAAAUGUGUAGCUGACGCAAUAAUGUUGUAUAGAAAUUCGUUUUCGUUUUAUUGUAUAAAAAUAUAGUUUUGCCAUAUAGCAAUUCUAUUUGCAAAACCUUCCAUGAUAUAGGGUGCUUCAAAUUAUAUACAUACAAAUAUUAGUUGUUGAUUACUUGUAAGUAAAAUUUUAUUCGUUUAUUUUAAAGUCAUGUAUAGAAACAAAUAUAUAAAUAUACGCAAACUGUUAUAAUUUUUAUAAAUAAAUUCCUGGCAGGUCCAGAAAAUAUGUUAACAACCCACGAACGAAACAGAAUAAAUUGACUACGGCAUUUAUUAAAUAAGUCAAGACGGUAAUAUUUAUUAGAAUGUCAAGAAGGAAUUGAAUCUUAAUGCUGUAUUCAAUUAAUUCCGGUUUGCUUGAGCUAUUUUAUGUUGUAUAUUCGAAAUUUUAUUCAUAAAUUAAUGUAAAUAUUGUUGUUACUGCCAAAGUACAUAAAAUCCUUAGAGUAUAUUGUAUAUAACUUCCAUUGAGAGUCAAUUCAAGUUAAAUUCGAUGAUUCAUUGGACAUGGAUGGAAAUUUUAUAUUUUAGUUGUAUCCUGUUGCUUAAUACUGAUUUUUGUCUUGCAAGACCUGUACAAAUCUGACUGAUCAGUAAACCACUAUGUAACAAAAUCAUUGUCUUCCAUAUUAUAAAGUAUAGAUUUCAUUUUGUAAUUUGUAAAAAUUAUUUAUCGAAAUAUAAAUAUACAUAUGUAGGUGUCGAUAAAUGUAAAGAUGUUAUUAUUGCAAUAAAUGUAGAAAAAAAAAAAACAUAUAAUAUAUUGUUUGAGUUGCUUUAAAUACAACGAAAGGUUGUGAGCAAUUACUUGUAACACAUAUGUAGAGUUGAGAAUAAAUUUGAUUCUAUCAAAAA